AUGAAACAAAGUGAAAGACAAGCAAGAGGUAUGAUGGACGCAGAUGAUGAGGAUUACAGUGCCGAUCAUCACCCACCCAUGAAGGAUCAAUCGAAAGCUACAGCUGUUGAUCCCUGGGCAAAUUAUUACGACUUCAUAAUUAACGAAGGAUCAUUUAAAUUCUGGGCAGUGUUCCAGUUGGGAACUGCUUUACUGCUCAUAUAUUCGGCAUUCGCUGCAGUAUAUUACGCAAAAUUUAACGUCUCCAGUACUGAUUAUGAUUACUAUUACGAUUUCUUCGCAAGAUCAAACAGUGGCAGAUCAGAUACUACAAGUUGGCUAGGGAUUUCCCCACAAACGUUUCAAAGGAUAAUAGACGCAAUAUCAUCAAAAAAGUACUCAUAAUGGUGGACCUAAAGUGCAAAAAUUUAAAUAAAACCUCUGCUCAA